GAAGUUGUUUUCUGAGACACUCAGUACAAACUCAAUUUGUUUCCUUAUACCCGAAGAUCGUUACUUCCGACGAUUUCUUACGCAUCGGAUCGAACGAACGGACUUAGGAAACAUGCGACUAACUUUGACAUUUAUCUUGCUGGGAAUUUUAGUUCCACUAAGGGCAGAACCGCAACUUGGCGGAGGUUUGCUUGGUGGGGGAGGUUUGCUUGGAACUGGCAUUGGUGGUAACACCGGAUUACUGGGCACUGGAUUGCUUGGAACCGCAACCACAAGUGGGUUACUAGGAACUGGACUUGGUGCUACCGAUGGACUUCUGAAUACAGGAUUGCUCGGAACCGCAACUACAAGUGGGUUACUAGGAACUGGACUUGGUGCUACCAAUGGACUUCUGAAUACAGGAUUGCUAGGAACCGCAACCACAAGUGGGCUACUAGGAACGGGAAUUGGUGCCACCAACGGGCUACUUAACACUGGAUUACUCGGAACCGCAACUACAAGUGGGUUACUAGGAACGGGACUUGGUGCUACCGAUGGGCUUCUGAACACAGGAUUGCUGGGAACCGCAACCACCAAUGGGCUGCUUGGAACGGGACUUGGUGCUACUAAUGGACUUCUGAAUACAGGAUUGCUAGGAACCGCAACCACCAAUGGGCUGCUAGGAACGGGACUUGGUGCCACCGACGGGCUACUUAACACUGGAUUACUCGGAACCGCAACUACAAGUGGGUUACUAGGAACGGGACUUGGUGCUACUGGUGGAGUUCUUGGAACUGGUUUGCUCGGUUCUGGAACCGGAACGACAAAUGGAAUACUAGGUACAGGUAUCGGUGCUACCGAUGGUCUUCUUGGUACAGGUCUUCUCAGUGGAAGCGGAGGUGCCACCACCACCACUGUUGCUGCUACGACAGCUGCUACAACCACCACUGUUGCUGCUACGACAGCUGCUACAACCACCACUACGGUUGCUCCUACCACCACUACGGCUGCUCCUACCACCACUACGGCAGCUCCUACCACCACUACGGCUGCUCCUACCACCACUACGGCUGCUCCUAUCACCACUACGGCUGCUCCUGUCACUACCACGGUUCUACCGAUCACAACUAGUAUCCCAAUUACAACCGUUGCACCGGGCACGACGACGAUCGCUCCAACUACUACUACCAGCGCUCCAGCAACCACUGUUACAUCCGCUCCUACAGGAACUGUAACCUUCAACAUUAAUGGAAAUAUCAUCACCAUAUCUGCCAAUGAUCAGGCAACUAUCGAUGCUGUCAAUGCUGCCUUGGCAGCUUCAUCGACCACCGUUGCAAUGACCACAACUACUACCACCGCUGCACCAUCGUCUGGAACCACAGUAUCGUUCAACAUCGGAGGAUCAAUCAUUACUGUUGAUGCUACUGACACCGCAACGAUUGCAGCUAUCAUUCAAAGCCUUACCAGUGGUACCACCACUGCUGCUACGACGACGACUACUACUACUACCUCUUCCGUAGUACCCGUGACAACUACAACCACCACUGCAGCUCCUGUUACCACGUCGAGCAGUACCUCUGCUUCGGUAACAACUACAGCUGCUGUUACGACCGCAAGUAACGCUGCGUCCACAACGGUGUCAACAGGUGCUUCGAAUACUGGUUCAAUGUCCAUUUCAAUUGUUAUCAACAUAAACAACCAGUUCAUAUUGAUCACGUCAAACAGUCAGAGCCUUCUGCAAUUGACACAGCAAAUUCUGCAACAAAUUUCGGCUACAACCACGACUUCAACAACAGUGCAAACUCCAGCCAAUCCAGUGCAGCCAACAUCAGCGCCUCCAUCGAAUAAUGGUGGAGCCCGCCCUGGCGGUUGCAUGAGACAUCACCAUUCAUCGGAAGAAUUCGGCGGUCGCCAUGGAUUCCGUGGUGGGUUUGGAUUUGGCAUUGGAAUUCGUGGACCACUCGGUGGAGGUAUUCAGGCCGGCUUCGGAACGGGUAUUGGUGGCGGUAUGCCAAGGGCUGGCAUUGGUGCUGGUGUUAGGCUGCAGGGUCCUCUAGGUGGAAGUAUUCAGGCUGGCAUUGGAGCUGCUCGUACUGGAGGAUGUGGAAGACACCAUGGUGGAAUAGGGGCAGGACUGCGUGUACAAGGACCUCUGGGAGGCGUUUUACAAGCCGGUUUCGGGGCUGGAAUUCGUGUUGGUGGCCACAGGCAUGGAUAAACAGGGACAUGGAACAUCAUUAACUACUACGUACUAUUUACUUUACUCGAACUAACAAACUGCAAUAAAAGAAUCCAUGCCAAGUCACGGUGGUGAAUAGGUUUUAAAAUAAAAAACGUAUGUAUUUUUUACUUAUUUAUGUAAAACAAAUGGAUCCAAGUCA